AUGCCCGCGCCGUCAGAGACGUCGACGCGUUCUCGUUUAUCGUUGUCGCGCACGACGUCCUCGACUACUACUCGCACUUCCCUGAAAACGCGUGCGCUGUCAAUUACAAGCGAUGCCAGCGGGUGCACGACUAUCAAGCCCAGUAAAUCUAUAUCGAAUUCGAAUUCUACUUCAAAUAUGCUCUCCACCUCAUCAAUAUCGAGUUCACGCUCGCCCAAUGCUACGCCCGUUCCAAAUACGCCAUUGAAGCGUUCCAGUAUUUCCAUGGUACCGGAAGCACUACUACAGGCAAAAACAGCGCGAAUGGAAAUCGGAAUGCGGUUUCCAUUGACCCCGUCUCGUGCACGCGUCGCGUCUGAAACGUCGGUCCCAACUUCAUCACAUAAGCACCGUGCUUCCAUCACCCUUGCCUCACCCAAUCCCGCCAUUAAUUUCACAUCUCCAAGUCCCUCGAAACACAAGAACAAUCCUUCAUCUGCGUCUUUUUUGGGAGCUGGUGAAACGCCCUCACCAUCCCGGCACGUAUCGAUGGGGAGUAUUCCGACCAUACCCCAGCCUUCUGUUCCUAGUGUACCUCCCAAACCCCAGUUAAACAUCACACCCUCAAAGCCUUCUACAAACACCCCCUCUAAACCGCCAACCACAACACCCUCCAAAUCCUCCCCUCUCGCUCGUACACAGCUACAGCGUACACCAUCCGGAACAUCCAACUAUGACACGAUCCCCUGGACAAAAACAAAUAUUAACUUGCACUCCCCAAGUCCAAAAGUUCGUCCCUCCGGCUCAAACUCGAUUUUGGGCAAGGAGCCAGUCGCGUUGCUUUCUGAAUCCCUCGCCUCGAAAAAUGGUAUGGCUGCAAGCCCCAUGAGGACGAGAAUGGGGAGCGUCUUUAGUGAUGGCACUGGCAGUAUCGUUUCAAUUUGGGUGAUGAUGCGGGCUCUGGAGGAUGUGUGGGAUAUGGAGGAUGAUGGGAUGACCUUCGAUAUGGUUACGGAUGUAGAUGGGGAGGGUGAUGAAGAGACCGUGCACGGUAUUUAUGUUAUCGUGUGCAGCGAUUCCCGUUCUGCGUCACUAUAUACUUCUGACGCGCCCUGCCGUUUGUUCACGCACACAUCUCUUCCUGCGCACGCGUUAUAUGCAUCCUUGUGUGCAUACAUCGUACUUUCCUGUGCAUACAUUCACCCCCACCCCCACCCUCACCCUAUCGAAAACCCAACUAACCCAACCCCACAGCUCGAUCAAGCCCUCUCCAAUAUCCGCACCCUACACACCUCCAAACUCCUCGCCUACAAACGCCUCCUCGAACGCGCUCACGCAAGCAGCGCAGCCCAAGUCUAUCACCUCCAAGCCCAACUCGCACAGCUGCGCUCCCAGCCUCAGUCUCAGGUGGCUUUGAACCAGGCUGAUGGGGAGUACUGUGUUUGUGGGGGGAGGAAACGGGGUGGGUAUUGGGCGGGGGUGAGUGGUUGGGGUGAUGAUGGGGAUGACGGGGAUGCGGCGGCUGGAGGAGGAAAUUUGGUGGAUGCGAUGAAGAAGCUUGAUGAGAAGGCCGCCCUCCCAGGCGACAUCCCCCUCCAAAUCCUCCUCCUACAAAAAUACCUCAAAAGUUCAUUCGACAUCAUCGGUUCCCUCGCACCUAAUAUUGCCCUCCGAAUCUUGAGGGAGUUGAGUGUGAAAGAAGUCGUGAGGGCUGGGUACCUCAUCUACCGCUCCCUCCACCACCGCGAGUCCAACUUUGCGCGUGCGCUCCCGCAGAGCAUACGGUUCUUGAAUGGACAUACGAAUUUCUGUACGACGUUGUUGUUGAGAGGCAAACGCCUCAUCUCAGGCUCCUACGACGAGACCAUCCGUUUCUGGGACAUUGAGACGGGCGAGAUGAAGAAAUGCUUGCAGGUGAAGAAACCUGUGAGCUGUGUGGAUUUUUUAGCAGAGGAAGAGGUUUUCGUGGUUGGGUUCCAUGAUGUUGGCCGCGUUCACCUUUUCUCCUCCGUCACAUUCACGCCCCUCCAACAACUCGCCGGACACCUCAACGGUAUCCGUGCCGUUGCGCUUUCAUCCAAGAACCUUGUCAGUGCAGGCGCAGACAAGGCUCUCGUGUGUUGGGAUUGGCGCGCGGGGACGAAGAUCGUGAGGUUUGGGCAGCAGACGACGAUUAACAUUGGUGUGCAGAUCGUUCAGGGGGGUACGGAGGCGGAGGGUGAGCGGGUGGUGAGCGUGACUAUUGAUGGGAUCGUGAGGGUUUUCUCGAUUAAGAGGAGAGAGAUGAUCUCGCAGUUCAAACUCAGUGAACUCGGUGGUAGCGACCCUUGGUUCGCAGCCAAGGGCUCACAAAUGACUUGCGCGACAAAAUCCGUCAUCUUGCACCUGCAAUGGAACGAAGGUGAAGACGAGAAGCCUCCCGCAGAGACGACCACGAUGAGCCCUACGUUCACUGGAAGGACUCUGACAUCUCCUACACCUUCUUCACUCAACCCGCGCUCGCGCGCCGUCUCGUCCCUUAUACGGCCUACGCAGACGUCUACUCCCCAGCGCAGACAAUCUGCACUCGGGGUAACUACUUCAAGCUUGCCAAAAUCGCGACUUUCCCUUGGGACACCUUCCACGCCUCUCUCGGUCAACCUCAGCGCAUCGCAGCUCUCAGGUAUAUCACCAUCUCCGCUCUCCCUAUUACCGCGAUCUGGCACUCCACUAUCCCCAAUGGGUGCACCGUUGUCCCCGAUGGGCGCAGCAGGUGCAGAUGGGUUUGCGAUUAGGUUUGGGCGGGCUGCGAUUUUGACUGCACCCCCGAAGCUUGUUGCGCUCGUGGAGACCCCUGACGUUGCUGUUGGGGCCGUGGACCCCUAG